CUAUUCUCACUCCUACUGUCGGAUUUCUGUCGAAGAUGGCAGUCGUCCACAUAAACAGGCCGCGGAUCGACGUUAUUACGAAAUAAUUUCGGAAUGUUUAUCAUGGCACCGCGGUCGUGUUCGUCGUAGACAAGGAACAUCUCGAAACUAAUUCGUAUUCGUCGACACGAUGAUUUAACGAUCAUAUCUUUAUGGAUAAUCGUGAUCAAUUACGAUACAUCCUUGGCGCAACUUACUUGUUGCGACCGUGUUCUAAGUUGUAACCUUUCCACGUGCGCAUUUUAAUUGUAUUCUAUUCGCUGAUCCUGGACAAAACAAAUCAUUCAAGCGAUGGCAGACACGUUGCACAAAGAUGGGUACGAGAUAUCAAAUUUAGCAAUGCACAGUGGAGGUAGUACUAUAGGAGGAGACAGUGAUAUGAAGCUAGAACCAUCUAGUCCUACAGAGAAAUAUACAUUUUCUCGUUGCAGCAGUAACGGAUCAGUGAAUACACCAUCUUCGUCUGCUCAUAAUACUGAAGAUGAAGACAGCGACAAUAAGAACUCAACGAUAAGUUACAAAGAGCGUAGAAGGGAAGCUCAUACUCAAGCAGAACAGAAGAGAAGAGAUGCCAUCAAAAAAGGAUAUGAUUCUCUCCAGGACUUGGUUCCUACUUGUCAACAUACAGAUUCAUCGGGUUACAAACUCUCCAAGGCUACUGUACUUCAAAAGUCCAUCGAUUACAUACAGUUCUUGUUGCAACAGAAGAAGAAGCAAGAGGAAGAACGUAAUGCGUUGAGGAAAGAAGUCGUCGCUUUGAGAAUCAUGCAAGCGAAUUAUGAGCAAAUUGUGAAAGCUCAUCAGACUCAGCCAGGUCAAGCAGAGAUGCGUGUGUCCGAUGAAACCAAGUUCCAAGUGUUCCAGGCAAUCAUGGAUCGUUUGUUUCAAACGUUUAACAACAUUUCUGUAGCGAAUUUCGCUGAAUUGUCAGCGUGCGUUUUUAGUUGGUUAGAAGAGCAUUGUAAACCUCAGACUUUACGUGAGGUCGUACUGUCGGUACUCCAACAGCUUAAUAGCCAAAUCAGCUAGUCGUAUACACGAUUAAACAAUUUGUGAUUGCACAAUACAACGAUAACGUUAUGACAAUGUUUUGAGGGUACUUAGACCAACCAUCUAGCAGAGUUACCAGGGAGGACGGGGCGUACGCGUGUUAUAAGCGUGACGGGUAGCAUAAUGAUUGUAGAAGAAAAUACAAAUAGAAAUUUAUUUUAUAUACUAUUAUUAUAACGAAUGUAGAUAUGGCCAUGUAAUGUGGCGUAUCGAUUGUUGUCCAGAUAUUUUUACCAGAGAUUUUUUAUUAAAUAAAGUUCGCUGUAUAUAUGCAAUA